AUAUAUUAAUGUUAAUAUUAAGAAUGGGAAAGCCUCGUUGCUCCUAGUUGCUUACGUAAUCCCAUUACAGUCUCUUUGAUAACCCUAUGGAAGCUUUUCAAAAUUGGAGAAUCCUAGCAAGGCUCUUCCACUAAUUAAAAUCCUAAUAUUUUCCUCCGUGUGUGAAUAAGAUUGGUUUGAGUGCUUCGUCUCGUUUACGAAGAUUUUGGCAUACCUACAUAUGACUGGAUCCAUUCUUUUAUGUUUCUUUCCUUUCCUACAUCUUAAGGUGUUUUUUUAUCAACUUAAUUUUCUUCGAGUCCUUUAUGUCUAGGAACCCAGAGCAGCUCCACCGCACUUUUAUCAACCAGAUUAUUGAGUGCCUUGUAGUGACUUUUGUUACCGCUUUUUAUUUGGUUCAAUCUUGUAAUAGAAGUCACCAUAUGAAGAAAAGUUGAUCUUAAUUUGGUCCCUUCUAGGAAAAUUUAUCUUGAAUUUAAAUCUUCCAAGAAAGUAUAUAACAAAUUUUCGUGAUUUGACUUAGUUACACUUCUUUUAAACGUAAGUAUUUAAUCAAUGCGCUUUGCUCAUUUUGAUCAAUUUUGAUAACGAAAUGUGACAUGACUUUUGAUAUAGUUUACAAUUAAGUUUCGACGAGCGGUAAACCCCUAAAAAGACGCUUAGAAACACGAAAAAGUGACCAAUAUGAAGUUCGUUUUUAAUUAAAUUCGUCAAAACCGAAUUUUAAUAAAAAUUUUCGACAAACAUUGACACGUAUUUGAAUUUUCUUAAAGAAAUAUUGAUUUUUCGCUGACUUGUUGCGAGUUGAACGUGAAAAAUCGAAAAUUUUCUUAAAAUUUGAUUUUUACUAGGUUCCGACGAGUCGAGUUUAGUUAUAUUUGGUAAGUCAUUUUUUUUUAAUCGAUUGUAAUUAAUAAAAAAGUCAACAACGCUUGCGCAACUGAGACCGUACUUUGAUUUUUAAUUGAUCAUCUAUUUUAAGCGUAAUUCGAUUGUAGUUAGUUAAGAACAGGUCGCCGAAAUAGACAUUUACAUUCUUAUGUAUCAACACCUAGUGCCAAAAAAUUUGUAAUAUAAAAAUAUGCCCUAGUGAAACAAUUGUUAUACUCCAAGAAAACUCGAUAUUCCUUUCAACUGUAUAAAGCUGGUUCCACAGACUUGCACUUCUUCAAAGAAUUAAGCCCUGCAGACCAACUCGGUGUUCAUGAACCACCUCUACCUGUCGAUAAGGUCUCCCAAAUACAUCUCUAGACCGUUAAGAUGUCUUCUGAAGGUGUUGAUAAUGAAAACAAUAAAUGUGAAGUUUGUAAAGCUCCUUCGACAAGAAAAUGUUCAGCUUGCAAAUCGGUGUUUUACUGCAGCGAAAUACAUCAGCAAGAAAAUUGGAAAGAGCAUAAAAAUCAAUGUCGACCGUUUGAGGAAUCGUAUUCUAAAGACUUGGGAAGGUAUUUAAAAGCGACAAGAGAUAUACAGCCUGGUGGUGUAAUUUUUUCCGAAAUACCCUUAGUGUUCGGUCCAAAACCUCACCGUAUUCAAGAAGGAGGGUUUCCCUGUGUCGGCUGCUGCAAGUUACUUUCUAAUCAAAUAUGUGAAAUGUGUCCUGGUUGUUUAUGGCCAGUUUGUAGUACAACUUGUGAAGGACUAAAUAUUCCUUCUUAUCAUGGAUUCGAAUGUAAUAUUCUUAGAUUAAGAACAUGUAGUGAGGUUAAAUCGUUUUUAGACUUUUACAGAUUUGAUGUAUUGAUAGUUCUAAGAGCCUUAUAUCUUCAAAAAGCAAAUCCAAAGAAGUGGGAGAUUCUGAUGAAACUGGAAGAUCAUUUGGAAAAAAGAGGAUUGGGAACUGAUGUUUUUACAGCGAUCCAGGAGAAGUUUGAUUUUCUAAUGGAACAUUAUUUGAAACCAUUAAAAUCGUACGAAAAAGAAACAGGGCAAGUUAUCAUUCCCAACUGUACGGAAGACAUAAUUCACAAAAUUUACGGUAUUAUCGAUGUAAAUGCUACCGAACUUACAGAAGACGUAGACGCGAUGAUUUUGUACUCUAACGCUAGUUUAUUGGAGCACAAUUGUAUUCCGAAUACAAUGCAAAUUAUCGAUGAAAAUGAUCAUUUUAGGGUUACGUUUAGAGCCGCCAUGGCCAUACCAAAAGGUGAACAUAUAACGACAAUGUAUACUCACAUAUUAUGGAGUACAGCUGCCCGUAGAGAUCAUCUAAUGGAAACUAAAUAUUUCAAAUGUACUUGCAAGAGAUGUCAAGAUCCUACAGAACUUGGUACAUAUCUUAGCGCGCUCAAAUGCAUUGCUGGGAAAGAUGAUGAAUCCUGUGGUGGUUGGCAACUUCCCAUAACACCAACUUAUACCAACGGUGCAUGGAUGUGCAGUAAAUGUAAAAUAAAAUUACCUGAACAGGAUAUAGUGAAAUUCAUCAAUCAUUUAAGUCACGAGGUGGACAAAAUCAUGACGAAAGCUCCAAACAAGGAGGAACUAGAAGAUUUGUUAAACAAGCUUCUCCAUUUUUUACAUCCCAAUCAUUAUUUAUUGUUCAAUAUAAAACAUACGCUUAUCCAAAUAUUUACUGAUAAACAAAUAGAUCAAAACGAUCCUAUGGUUUGGAUGGAAAAAUUAAGUCAAUGCGAUGAAUUAAUUGAUUUAACAAGAAAACUCGAUCCAGGUAAUGCUAGACUCAGUUUAUAUCUGGGAGUUCUAUUGAAUGAACGAUUCAUGGCACAAUUUAAAAUACUGACGACAACGUUCGACAAACCGACGCAAAAUCUUUAUACGGAUCAAAUAAAAAAAGAAAUUUCCGAAAUUCUCGAAGAAAAUAGAAGAAUUUUAUUCUACGAACAAAACACGUCGGCUGGAAGGAAAUUAUUAGAAGUAGUGAAUAGAAAUCGACAAAGUUUUGAAAAUUGGCUUAGCGAACAUAAACAAACGGUUUAAAUUGUUUCGAAAAUCACCUGCCCACUCCCUUAAGUUUUUGAAAUAUUGUUUAAUUAAUGUUUAUGAAAAUUUUUCUUUUAUGAAUAAAAACUGUAUAAAAAAUGA